GGUUCCCUCGAUGAUCUCAAACGUUGCAACGAUGUACGCUUUGCUGUUCUUGAUUGCCUUUGGUUCGCCGAUAUUCUGUGCGGUUUCCACAUAUGCCGAUUACGGAAAAAGAAUCGUCUCGGAGUCAGCGAGAUUCCCGGAACCGGCAGAAUCCAGGAUUAUUGGAGGGGAGAAGGUCGCCAUAGAGGAAUAUCCAUUUGCGGUCUCGUUGCAGAACAAUGGUACGUUUUUCGGUCACCAAGUUGAGCAUUUCUGCGGCGGCAGUAUCGUCGGGGAAAAGUGGAUAAUAACGUCGGCGCAGUGCGCUCUCAGGCUAGAAGUGAAGGCAUUUCACGUGAGAGCGGGCACGUCGCGUUAUUACGAGGGUGGUGACAUUUAUGGUGUCCAAAGCGUCGUGAUACAUCCCGCUUUUAACGCAAUUAAUUACGACUACGACGUUGGUCUCGUUGAGCUGUCCGACAGUAUAACGUACGAUAGCACGAAGCAGCCCAUUAAAUUGCCCAAAACACAUUCGAUGAUCGACGACGAUUCGCUGGUUAAAGUUCUCGGUUGGGGUAUAUUCGAGUUAUUCGGUCCGGUCUCGGACGUACUUUUACAUAGUACGAUGCGGAAAAUUAAUAACCAGGACUGUGAGGAAGCUAGUGGUGGUGACUUAUUAACCAACAGGAUGUUUUGUGCCUUAUCGGACACUGCUAGACCCUGCGUCGGGGAUUCUGGCUCACCUCUCAUUUUUCAGGGCACAUUAUUCGGGGUGGUGUCCUGGAGUCGAUCAUGCGACAGGCAGUAUCCAACUGCUUUUACAGCUAUAGCAGAACUAAAAGAUUGGAUCACCGACAUAACCAGUAUAUCUUGAUUUCCCGUGUAUUCGAGAUCGUAACGCGAUGUAGGAUAUAUUACGACUCCCUUGUAAUAUUUGCUGCAUUGUAAUGCAGCUUCCUUUGUGAUAUUCUGAAAGAACUUCAAGUUCCUGUAGAUUUUAUAGUAGAACAGUCUUCUUCGAAAUGUCUUGAAUUUGAAAUGUAUCUUAAAAUAAUGGGGAAUAUGUGAAUUAAUUUUUCAAGAGAGGUAGAUGUAUGGUAUCUUCGAUGAGUAAUAUCACUGUAUAAAAUAUGUAUAUAUCCUGUAUAUAUAAUUGCACGAUA